AUUUUGUAGGUAACCAGCUGGUGGAACGACCAUAUUUUCGAGUGGUCGGGUCAUGGCUAUAAAUCGUUUUAAUAUGUAUUGUGUAUACGCUUACUAUUUUUGGACAAAGGACGGAAACCGGUACAAACUAGAACUAUUGGCAAGUAGGAUGAUUUCCAGGGAUUAAACCAUGACAGAACGGCCAGUGAAGGUUCGAUGCCACGGAGUGGUAAAAAGACUCCGCAUUACAGGAAACCUCAAUAACGUACUGAAGGUGAUUCGCCAAGGGUUCGAUAUACUUGCUGACGCCGAUAUCACCCUGACGAUGGUAGUGGAAGGGAAUGGAACCCCCCGCCCCGUCACUGAGCAGACCCUCCAAUACAACUGGAAUAAGCUUCAAGAACUGAAUGUGACACUACCACGUCAAGCCCAAAGGGCGCUGGUGAACCCAGCCCAUCUUCAGACAGUCAUCGAAGGAAGAUUGUACAAGAUUGAUGAACCACCAAGUCGAAACAGCCAAGUCGUCCAAAAGUGCCGACGCGACAUGGGGAUCAUGAAAAACAUCGCCGAAUUCAAAAACAUGUUCCCGAGGACAAUCAGCUUGGUCGGGGACCUGCAUUGCUCAGUCAGUACUUUGAAGACUUCAUUCUUGGUCAGAGGCACCAACUUGGUGUCAAAGUCGAAGUCUGUCGUAAAAAGCCUCAUAGACAUUUUUGUUAAAUCAGAGUCUGCCUUUGAGGGUUUAAGCAAAUUGUGUGCAACCGUCACAGAUGUUUUGCAGCAGCUGAGUCUCGACUUGGUGAACGGGGAUCAUCAACCGGCUAUUGCUAUUCUUGAAAUGUUGAUGAGUAAAGGCGACGAAAUGGAGAAAGUCGCUCGAGAAUUGGACGGUAGUAUUGAACGGUCAAUGGGGGAGAUUGAUGGCGCUGUCCAAACCAUCGCGAAUGAGAAGAAACAGAUAGAAACAAAAGUUGAUCAUACGACGAGGGAGAAGAACAGAACUGAGGAAAAGAUAAAGCGGCAAAGCCUGGAAAUUGAUAGACUUGAGAGUAAGCUCAGAGAGUAUACGAAUGAGAUCAAGGAAAAGAAAAAAAAUGCGGCAAUAAGUGGAACAACAACUGGAGUUGGAGUUGGCCUUACCGUCGCCGGGGUCCUGUUCCCACCGUUGCUCUUGGCCGGUAUCCCGACACUGGUAGGAUCAUCAAUUUACCUCGGGGUGACCGUCAGUCAAAUCAAAGAUCUCAAAAACGAAAUAAGUGCAGCAAAGGAUGAAAAAAGGAGAGACGAGAGGAGGAAAGAGGAACUUAAACAGACACUGAGCGAGCUCAGAAGCGACCUUCGAAAGUUGGAACCGAUUUCUACUUGCCUGCAUGAUGUUUGGGGACAAAUGGUGGGGAUUAAAGCAGCCGUCAAAAAGAUGGAGUCGUUUUGGCCAGGACUGAAUGACUUCUGUAAAUCGGUGAUGGCAUCGGAGCAACGAAUGGUUUCUGUGAUGAAAAGUGACAGCACGAAUCCUGUUACUCUUUCUGAUGCCUUCAAGUCACAGAUUGUGAAUUUCUCGGCAAGGCAAGUAUAAAUGCAGUUAUUGCUUAAAUCAUCACACGGAGGCUAUUUCGUUGUCUUCAAGGGAGUGUGGCUCGCAUUCCAAGGAUGAUGAAUAUUGUCAAAUAAGGGGAAUCUAUAAGGGUGAGUGGAAGGCGGGGGGGGGGGGGUCAAAUGCCUUCAGAAUGUGUUUUUCUAUCCCCUCCGGGCGAAAAAGCGAGCAACGGCCCUGGAACCAUCGCCAGUGCCGGGUAUAUAUAACUCAACCAUUUUUGGUUUUUAUGAUUACACGUCAGUUGCUCUGCAUGAGGUUUGUCAGAGUUGCCACGAUGAUGUCAAAACAGCCUUAUCGAAACUGCGCUCAUAUCAAUGUAUGUUUUGAAAUGUGGCGGGGAAUUCUACCGGGAUUAUUUUGGUUUGGACUGAACGAAUAUAUGGCGGAAAAGAUACCAAGGGAAGACUUUUCUGCGUCGGCUUAUAUAUAGCAUCCUCGAAAUACCAGAGUCAGUCGUAUCCUCCUCCCCUCGCACACGUACGCUCGAUUGUUGGUGCUGAGUGUUGGCCAGAAGUGCAGGAUAUAGCCGUCGAAACCACCUCUCACCUAGGUAGAUUAUUCACGAUUGUACGAGGGAUAUAUUUAUCGCUGAAUCAACUACGAUCCAUGCAGUCCUUUCCUCUGUCCAGAUCAGCUGAUUUUGGAGACGACAUGACGACGUCAGAACAUACCGUAACCAUGAUGCCAUCUGAGGACUGUUAAUCUGCAAAUUCAAAAUGUUGGUACAAAUCUAUAUCAUAAUACUAUAAGGCGGCUCGCUAAAGUGCCAUUUGGGGGUCGUGUUUCGUCUGGAAAUUUUGCACGUUUGCAGGUGAUAUGUUAUCCUGAUGCAACGUCAUGUUUAUUUUCGGAAAUUUACUUCAGCGGAGCAGUAAUGAGGGAUUUUUAAUCGGACACGGUCAAUUCUCCUUAUCACUCACGGAAGCCAAGCCAUUGCUGUUCAGUUAUGCAGGGGAUUAAUGAAUCACCUGCACUCCCUGUGGGGUGACUAACACUACCUGUUGAACGGCUGGCUGUAGGGGGAUGAUUGGAACAGCCUGUACACGUGCUGACCUGCUGAACCCAGAAGUAUUAAGGUAGCAGGAAGGGUUGGGCGUUUGUGGUUUCUGAGUCUGAGGGGGUUGGUGUCUGUUGACUGUGCUUUAAGAGAGACUAGGCAUGGCGCCAGUCUCUCUUAAAGCACAGUCAACAGGCAUUUGGUCUCAGUAUUUGGGUUUUGAUUGCCAUGACUGUACCCCUGUAAAAGUCCGAGGAGGAGAAGUUUGGAAUGAUGAAAGCAUUGAAGAAGAAGAAAUGUUAUUAUUGAGGAAAGCAAAAUUUAUUAUGAGACUAGAAGGCAGUGUCCUGACUUGAUUAUUUUGAAAAUGGCGGUCUGAACACAUUAAAAGGUGGAACAUGGCAUUUUAUCGACUUUGAAGUGUUCCGCAGUUAAAGGGAGACUAUAGGCAGCAGCUAGGUAGGCAAGAUAAAGUCAUACAAAUUUGCCAAUAGGGGUCAGUCAUAUCUCUAGGCAU